GCAAGUAGCAGAGAAGAAAGCGCCACCUUGUCGGCGGCCUACAGAGCGGCAACCUCGUCAUCAGAGGCUCUGCCGCCGCAUGAUAUGGAAACCCUUCGCCGUUUUUGGAGGGAGGCAAGAAACAGGCCGGUGGAUAUACGAGGAAACACCAUCCUCCAUUUCCUCGCCGUCUAUGGAAAAGUGGCGGCGCUUGGAGCGUUGAUUCAAGAAUCUCUGGUUAGCAUCGAAGAGCUUGGGAUCAAGAACGACGACGGGGACACGCCGUUGCAUAAGGCGGCGAGGUUUGGGCAAAAGGAGGCGGCGAAUAUCAUGUUGUCAGCGGACAUGAAUCUUGCGUGGGCUGCAAACAUCUUAGGAGAAACUCCUCUCUAUGUUUCGGCGGCUGCCGGAGAAGAAGAAGUGUUCUCCAUGCUAGCAAGAUAUGAUACGAGCCAGUCCACUUUGAAGAGAAACGAUGGUUGCACGAUUCUCCAUGCAGCCGUAAUGCAUGAACGUUAUGAUGUGGCAAUGAAGAUACUGAGUUUGUUUCCUCAUCUUGCUCGUAUGCCAAAUGGAAGUGGCAUGACUGCGCUGAAUGUGUUGGCUACACAGCAGCAUUCAUUCAGGAGUGCAUCUCCCUUCAGGUUCCAAGAUCUGGGCACCAUGCCACUCUUCUUUUGGCAGAUUUUUGAAACCACAAUCUAUUGCCGUAUACCGGCGCUAUUUGAAGUAACAAAACAGCACGGCUCAACUGUCUUCACCAGAAGAAAAAGAUCACCAUUCAUCAAUUGCAUUUUAAGAAAUGGUUGGCUAGCAUCCAUUGAUGAUGCGAAGCAGAGGCACAUACUUGCAGUAAUGGUGGCAAGAAGAUUGAUAGAACUAGACGAGUGGAAGUACUACCAGUUGCGAGAAUUGCAGAAUCCAUUAGUGCAAGCUACCAAGCAUGGGAUAACUGAGUUGGUGAAAGAAAUAGUGCAGACCCAUCCAGAAGCUGCAGAAACAUGGGAUGAAAAUGGAGGCAACAUUGUGCAUAUAGCAGCAGUGGUUAAGAACCGGUUUCUUUAUGAUUACUUGAUGGAUAACGUUGUGAAUAAGGAUAGUAUGCUGUCUGAUAUUGAUUUACAAGGAAACACCGUUAUGCAUUAUGCAGCAAAGCGAGGCGGCCAUAAAACUUUCCCCCAUGGCCCUUUGAAGCAGAUGUCGUGGGCUGUGCUCUGGUUUAAGCGGGUACAACAUUGUACACAUCCAAGUUUAUGGAACUUGAAAAACAGCGACGGCAAGACAGCAACCGAGGUGUUUGAGGAAGAACAUUAUACACUCCAAAACGAUGCAGAGACAACCAUAAGAGACCUGGCAAACUACGGUUUAGUAUUGGCUAUCCUCCUGGCCACCAUAGAUUUUGCAGCGGUUUUCACAGUCCCAGGAGGUUUUGAUCAGGAUAACGGCCUGCCAAUCUUUCUCAAGAAACAUCGCCUCCAAUUAUGGCGGCUACUAUUCUUCCUGGGCGCCGCUCUCUUCGCCUCCGUCUUCAACAUCGCCGGUCUGCUCGGAAUCCUUAACACCAAAUUUGAUUUCAACGAUUUUUACAUUGGAUUGCCCCUCAAAUACAUCGUGGUUCUUCUGGGCAUGUUCUUCGCCUCCCUGUUCACCAUCUUGGCUUGCUGCCAAGCCCUUUUCUUGGAGAAGAUAGCCGAUGAUAAUGGCACAUGGUACGUCAUCCUAGGUGUCACUGUCGUUGUCGUAACAAGUUUUUUUGGUCACGUUGAAGUGUCUGGUCCAUUUUAUUCCCAUGGAAGUUAUGUACUUCGCUAUUUGUGGUCGUACAAAUCACAGUUUACAUAAUGGGCCAUUUUUGUGCCAGUCGUUGCAAGAGUUACCAGCUGCC